AUGGACCUACCACUUUCCGGUACUAUCAAUCAAGGCUCGGAAAUUAAGAACCAGGACCAGAAAGAACCAAUUCAACUGGAUUCUAGGACUGAAGCUUACGAGAUAGAUAAGAGAAGAAAUGAUAAGGAAGUUGAAUCCACAAAUAAUACAAAUUUGCAGAAUAAUGAUAAGCAACACUUAGAUCAUACCGACAGUAGACAAAAUAAUGAAAAUAAUGAUGAAGAUCCGCGACUGGAGGAGGCCGAUGAAUCUGAGUCUGGAAACCUACCUGAGUUCAACAAUAAGCGUAUUGUAUUGCAAAGGUUUACAGUGUACAAUUCAUUGAGGACCAUGUACAUAGUGGGAAGUAAUGCUAAGGAAAGUUUGUUUAGGAUUCUUGAAAUAUGCAAAGACCCUAACGAUGCCGCAGCAAAUUUAGAAAUUAUAGAAGACAAAAGUUAUUUUUAUACUCGAAAAGAUAUGAUUGAACUUUUGAAUGGAUUAAACGAUUCUCUUGAGGGAGGAAUUUAUAAAAUCGCUAGAGGAUACGGGAUUCUCGGUUUAAUCAAAUUCACAAAAGGAUACUACUUAAGUUUAAUAACGAAGUGCAGUCAGGUUGCAAUUUUAGGAGGGCAUUUUAUAUAUCAUGUAGAUGAGACGAAACUCAUUCCACUUGAUACGAAAUACAGAAGACCAGAUAAAUAUAGCGACGAAGAAAGAUUGUUGUCAAUUUUCAAAUACUUAGAUUUGGGCAAAACUUUUUAUUUCAGCUAUUCGUAUGAUAUUACGAAUACUUUGCAGACGAAUUUUAUUCGACAAAAGAAACAUGCAGAAAAGAACCAAAAUAUGCAGAAUGAAGGAGAAGAUCCAAAUGGAGGUAACAAAUUCAAUGCUUCUAGCAAUCUACACCUGUUUGACCCCUUCAACUCGUUCGAACACAAUGAAAGAUUUGUCUGGAACAAACUUUUACUCAAACCUAUUUUGCAGAAUCAAGAUAUUGCGAUAUACGAAUGGUUUCAACCUAUAAUACACGGCUUUGUUGACCAAGCGAAUAUCUCAAUCUAUGGGAAGAAAAUAUAUAUAACUAUCAUUGCCAGAAGGUCUCAUCAUUUUGCGGGAGCCAGAUUUUUGAAGAGAGGUGUGAAUGAUAAAGGCAACGUUGCGAAUGAGAUUGAAACAGAACAAAUUGUUACAGAUAUGCUACUCUCAUCAUUUCAUGACCCAAAAUAUGGGUUCUUCAGCAAUCCAAGAUUCACUAGUUUUGUCCAACAUAGAGGCUCAAUUCCAUUAUAUUGGACGCAAGACUUAAAUAGAUUGCCAAAGCCGCCUAUCGAAAUAAAUCUUUCCGAUCCAUUCUAUCAGAGUUCUGCUAUACAUUUUAAUAACCUAUUUGAAAGGUAUGGACUGCCUAUUAUUAUCUUGAACUUAAUUAAGACGAAAGAGAAAGUACCGAGAGAACUGAAAUUAAAUGAGCAUUUUGUGAACUGUGUAAAAUACUUGAAUCAGUUCCUUCCCGAUAAGCACAGGCUCCAAAUGCAUUCAUUUGAUAUGUCUAAACAUUCGAAAAAAAAUCUAGAUGUAAUCGGACCACUACAAGAAAUUGCUGCUUCAUCACUAAACCAAAUUGGAUUCUUUCACAAUGGUAUUGAUAUCGAAAGUACUAAAAUUCAGAAGGGAAUUAUAAGGACCAACUGCAUUGAUUGUCUCGAUCGAACCAAUGCAGCUCAAUUUAUUAUUUGUAAGGAGGCAUUAUGUCACCAAUUAUCCAGUUUGAAAUUAAUAUCUGAUUCCACCACGUUGGAUUAUGAUUCUGACUUGAUUAAUAUACUUACAGAAAUUUUUCAUGAUCACGGAGACACAAUUGCUGUACAGUAUGGUGGAUCCAAUUUAGUCAAUACGAUGGACUCUUAUAGACGUAUUAAUCAAUGGUCUUCUCAUACAAGAGAUAUGUUAAAUAGCAUCAAGCGAAUAUAUUCUAACUCAUUUAUGGAUCUGAUUCGCCAGGAAGCAAUAAAUUUAUUUCUAGGAAAUUAUAUUUACGAUCCAAACAAACCAAAGCUUUGGGAACUACAAAAUGAUUUUUACUUACAUAACAACACUUUAAUUGAGGAUAUUAGGGUCAAGAGAAGCUAUCAACACUGGUACAAUGAAAAGUUUUUAAACGAGGCUAGGUUUAUAUUGACCUCACAAACUGAAAAACCACUUGAGUCAGAUUCGACCGAACUUGAAAAGAUAGUGAAUGCGUAUGGUCCUUUUCCACAAUUAGAAGCAUAUCCAGAAUACAAUGAUAAUUGGUUCAAUGAAUGUUACGUUCCGAGGAAAUUUCAGUCAUUUGGAGAGUUGUUCCAAUUUAAUAUGAAUUCAAAUGCUAGGUAUUUUCCAUCUAAUAUCAGCAAUGACUUCACUAACAAAUUUGACUACAGCCCAUUUGAGACCAGAAAACCUACGUUUAGAAUUUCAAAGUCAAAUGAGAUGCUAAAUGCGAGUAAUGAAAAUGCGACGAGGAAUGCUGGGUUAAAGUAUUUAGAAUCGUCGGGUGAUGAUGGAAAAUAUGACGAAGGCGACGACUACGAAGAUGGUGAUGAAGUUACAAUUAAUGAAAAGGAACAUGAUACAACCAUGAAGUACAGCGAAACUGAUUCAUCUAAAGCAAGCAAGUCGAAUAGAACUUCUUCAUCCAAUUACUUAAAUAUGACAAACCCGAAUAAGAUUAAGAAUUUCUUAACUACAAAAAUUGAAAAAUUCGGAUAUACAACUGGGCAACUCCAGGACCACAAUGAAAAUGAGAGUCAAAAAUCGUACUCAGAUUCGUACACUCAUCGAAUGAACGAGAAAGAACAUAAACGAGAUGUCAAUAUUUCAGGCACCCCUCAAAUUUCCCCAGAGGACUUAAAAUUAUACAAGGCACAAUCUGAUUCACCUAUAACAGUCCCAAAACUACCAUCUACCACAAGUCUCAAUACUGGUAUUAGAGCUUGCGAAAAUGACAGUAAUAUUUACAUGUAUUACACAAAUAGAUUAGUACACGGAAAUGAUCACACCUUCGAUAAUAAAAUGGAAAUUUUCGAUAACGUUGCUAAUUUAGACUUACUGGAUGCUAAUAUCUACAAAAAGUACUUAGGAGUAGAUGAUGAUAAAAAUUAUGAUUUUGACGCUGAGGAUAAUUAUUUUCGUUGA